GUGUCGAACAUCGUUCUCUCAUCCCAAUUUGUAGCCUAUUGGGUAUCUGCAGUUUAUGAUGAACGACGGGAGUCCGACCGAGACGAAAAGUGGGCAGGUUUUCAGAGACACCCCUGAGCGGUCGGAAUGAUUUGAGGGAAUCUUUGGCAGCAGCACAUUUUAUCUGACAAGGCGCUCAAUUGUGAAAUCUGAACUGUAGCCUACCACACAGCAUUUCGCCCGAAGACGGCUUGUCAUCUGCCACUUAUCUACCCCCGAAGACAGUCUGGCACAGGGUUUUUUUCUCUCUCUGAAGGAUUUGAAGAUUUGAGUGCGGAAUAUCUAUUUAUGACCUUCUUUGUCAUCUUUAACUACCAUCUAAGAGUAGCCUAGUCUUUUGCCGAAACUGUGGUGCAGUUAAUAAGUUUGGAUGUUUCAACAUUAAGUUUCACUGCGGUCACCGACAAAGGAUAUUACAAUAGUUAACACCAGUUGGCCAGGUAGCUCUGGAACAGGACUGAGAGCGUGCAGGACCGUCUAGCCGACGGCCGGAGGAGGACAAGAAAGAGGAGAAGGCUUCUUCCGGACAGGGAAGGUUGUGUGGGGGAACAUCCACAGAGGUGAGCGUCCAGGAGGGAGAGAAGGAGAGAAGGAGAGCGGGGAGAGACCCAGCAUGCGGGCAGCAUGGAACAGUUGAAGGAGCACAGGCCCUUCUGCUCGCUGUCCAAGAGAGAACGGGAGAGAGAACGGGAGAGAGAACGGGAGAGAGACAGAGAGAGAGACAGAGAGAGAGACAGAGAGAGGGAACGCCAUUACACCGCCUUGCUGGCCGACAGAGACAAGGAGGCCUGUCGGGUGCCUACCCAGAAGUCUUACAGCUCCAGCGAGACCAUCCAGGCCUACGACCAUGACCCGUCCCAGAUGCUGUUUGGAGGCAGGAUCCAGGAGAUGGCGAUCAAAGAGGCCAUUGACUACACCAGACCAGGGCAGGCAUUCUCAUUGAGGCAACUUGGGAUAUGUGAACCAUCCUCUCGCAGAGGCUUGGCACUCUGCCCAGAGACAGGUCUGUCACACCCCCUAGGCAGCUACACUAGAGGAACAGUCCCCACAGAAAACCAUGAGCCCACAGCCCUGGAACGUACCAUGGAUCUCUGGGGUAGGGGGGCUAAGUCGGGCCAAAGCUCGUGCAUGUCAAGCCGUUCGAACUCCGUCCUCACCCUCACCGACACGGAAAUGGACAAUAAAUCGGACACCGAGAUCGGAGACCAACUGUCAAGCCAGCAAGGACCGCCCCCUCAACCGCCGGCCCCGCCCCCUCACAAACAGCAGCCAUCCAUCACGUCCCUGAGCAGUGGUUCGCUGGCCAAUCAGAGGAGCCCCAGCCCUCCCCCCACAGCAGGCCUGGCAGCAGAGUUGCAGGGCACGGCAGAGUGUGCCCAGCUGCAGGACAGCUGGGUGCUGGGCAGCAAUGUGGCCCUGGAGAGCAGACAUUUCCUCUUUAAAACGGGUCCAGGGACAACUCCGUUCUUCGGCACGGCGACCCCAGGUUACACCAUGGCAACAGGCGCCGUCUACUCCACCCCAGCCCGCCCGCUACCCAGAAACACCCUCUCCAGGGGAGCGUUCAAGUUCAAGAAGUCUCCCAAACACUGCUCCUGGAGGUGCACUGCCCUGAGCGCCGUGGCUGUGGCCGUCCUGCUGUCGCUCCUCCUCUGCUACUGCAUAGCCAUGCACCUGUUAGGCCUGAAUUGGCAGCUCCAGGAGAUGGAGAACCCGCCGGCAUUCGGGAACGGAGCCGGGCAGCCACGGCCCACGAUGCAGAGCGUGGUGACGGCCCUCUCAGCUGACAGUGGAAGGAAUGGUUUGGUCCAUCAGGAGAACAACUCUAUUGACAGCGGGCAAGUGGAAGUGGGCCGGAGGGUGACUCAGGGCAUUCCUCCUGGAGUAUUCUGGCGCUCUCGGCUGGCAAUGGAGAAACCUUACUUCCUCAAGUUCAACAUCUCUGUCCAGAAGAACGCCCUGAUUGGAGUGUAUGGGAGGAAGGGUCUCCCUCCAACUCACACGCAGUAUGACUUUGUGGAGUUGUUGGAUGGCAGCCGGCUAAUCGCUAAAGACAGGCAAAUGGGUUCGGAGCCACUGAAGGCGCGAGCGGAGUGGCAAGUCAGUCUCCACCAGGCCGGCUUUAUCCAGUACCUGGACGCUGGGGUGUGGCACCUGGCCUUCUACAACGACGGUCGCGGUCUGGAGGCCGUGUCCUACAACACCAUCGUCCAGGAGUCAGUCAUGAAAUGCUCCUACAACUGCUACGGCAACGGAGAGUGUGUGUCCGGUUCGUGUGACUGCUUCCCAGGAUUCAUAGGCCCGUACUGCUCAAGAGCCGCCUGCCCGGUCCUGUGCAGUGACAACGGCCAGUACAGCAGGGGGCGCUGUCAAUGCUACAGCGGCUGGAAGGGUACCGAGUGUGACGUCCCCUCGUCCCAGUGCAUCGACCCCCAGUGCGGAGGCCACGGCGUCUGUGUGGCAGGCAGCUGCAUGUGCAGUGCAGGCCGGAGGGGGGUCGUCUGCGAGCAAGUGGACUGUGUGGACCCCGAGUGCUCCGCUCACGGCUCCUGCCACCACGGGGAGUGUCACUGUAACCCCGGCUGGGCGGGCAGCAGCUGUGAGACCCUGAGGAGCACCUGCCCAGAGCAGUGCUCCAACCACGGCACCUUCCACACCGAGUCCGGCACCUGCGUCUGCGAGGCGGACUGGACAGGAGUCGACUGCUCCGUGGAGGUGUGCGUGGUGGAGUGCGGCCCUCACGGGGCCUGCGUGGGCGGGGCCUGCCAGUGCGAGGAGGGCUGGGUGGGGUCCGAGUGCGACCAGAGGGACUGUCACCCGCGCUGCUCUGACCACGGCGUGUGCAGGGAGGGCCAGUGUGACUGUCACCAGGGCUGGACUGGGGAGCACUGCAGCAUCGCUCUGGAUUCAAGAGUAUCAGACGGAUGUCCGGGCCUGUGCAACAGCAACGGGAGGUGCGUUCUAGAUCAGAACGGCUGGAGAUGCAUCUGCCAAUCAGGAUGGAGAGGGCUGGGAUGCGACGUCGCCACGGAAACCGCCUGCUCGGACGGCAAGGACAACGAGGGGGAUGGGCUGGUGGACUGCAUGGACCCUGACUGCUGCGCCCAGAGCGCCUGCCACACUCAGAGCUACUGCCAGGGAUCUCCAGACCCCGACACGCUGGCCGCCAGAGACCCCGCCGCGCCCAGCUCCCCUCACACCGCCUCCAGAAGCUUCUACGAUCAUGUCAGCUUCCUGGUUGGGCCCGGCGGCACUCACGUGCUCCCAGGGGACAACCCCUUCAACAGCAGCCUGGCGUCUAUCAUCCGGGGGCAGGUCGUCACGGGAGACGGCACGCCGCUGAUCGGAGUGAACGUCUCCUUCCCGCACUACCCGGAGUACGGAUACACCGUCACCAGACAGGAUGGCAUGUUCGACCUGCUGGCUAACGGCGGAGCAUCACUGACUGUCAGUUACGAGCGUGCUCCCUUUCCCACAAUGCACCGCACGGUGUGGAUCGCGUGGAACGUGCUCUACGUUCUGGACACGGUGGUGAUGAAGAGAGACAAAAACGACAUCCCUAGCUGCUACCUGACUGGCCUGGCCCGGCCCCGCCCCCUCCUCCUGGCCACGCCCCUCUCCACCUUCUACAGGAGCUCUCUGGAGGAGAGUCCCAUCAUCCCAGAGACCCAGGUGCUUCACGAGCAAGUGACCAUCCCUGGAAGUGACCUUGACCUGGUGUACCUGAGUUCCCGGGCUCCUGGAUACAAGCCCAUCGUCAAGAUCCUGCUGACUCAGGAGCGCCUGCCUUUCGGCCUGAUGAAGGUUCACCUCAUGGUGGCCGUGAUGGGACGGCAGUUCCAGAAGUCCUUCCCAGCCUUCCCUGACCUCUCCUACACCUUCAUCUGGGACAAGACGGACGCCUACAACCAGAAGGUCUACGGCCUGUCAGUGGCUGUGGUGUCGGUGGGUUACGAGUACGAGUCGUGUCUGGAUGCCGUCCUGUGGGAGAAGAGGACGGCCGUGCUGCAAGGCUACGAGCUGGACGCCUCCAACAUGGGGGGCUGGAUGUUGGACAAACACCACAUACUGGAUGUUCAGAACGGGAUUCUCUACAAAGGCAGCGGGGAGAACCAGUUCAUCUCCCUCCAGCCCCCGGUAAUUUCCACCAUCAUGGGGAACGGCCGGCGGCGCAGCAUCUCCUGCCCCAGCUGCAACGGCCAGGCCCUGGGCAACAAGCUGCUGGCCCCCGUGGCUCUGGCCUGGGGCGUGGACGGAAGCCUGUACGUCGGAGACUUCAACUACAUCCGCCGGAUUUACCCGUCCGGAAACGUGACCAGUGUCAUGGAGCUGAGGAAUAAAGAUUUUAGACACAGCAACAACCCCGCCCACCGCUACUACCUGGCCACUAACCCGGUAACGGGCCAGCUGUACAUCUCAGACACCAACUCCAGGCACAUCUACCGUCCCAAGGCGCUGGGCAGGGGGCGGGACCUGCAGCUGAACGGCGAGGUGGUGGCAGGGACUGGGGAGCACUGUCUUCCCUUUGACGAGAGCCACUGUGGAGACGGAGGCAAGGCUGUGGAGGCACUGCUCACUGGGCCCAAAGGCAUCGCCGUGGACAAAAAUGGGUUGAUAUACUUUGUGGACGGCACCACAAUCCGUAAGGUCGACCAGAACGGCAUCAUCUCCACGAUCCUGGGGUCCAACGACCUCACCUCCGCGCGCCCUCUCACCUGCGACAUCAGCAUGGACAUUAAUCAGGUGAUCUUGGAGUGGCCCACAGACCUAGCCGUCAGCCCGAUGGACAACUCUGUGUUCGUGCUCGACAACAACAUCGUGCUCCGCAUCACAGAGAGUGGCCAGGUGAGUAUUGCAGCGGGCCGGCCCGUGCACUGUCCGCUGGCCGCCAUGGACCGCGGCCUCGCCGGGGGUCAGAGGGCGGCACUGACCCCGCUGGAGUCUGCCGUGGCCAUCGCCGUGUCCUACCACGGUGCGCUGUUCAUCGCCGAAACGGACGAGAGGAAGUUCAGCCGCAUCCGGAAGGUGUCGGACGACGGCGAGAUCACCCACCUGGCCGGGGCGCCGACCGACUGCGACUGCAAGAACGACAACAACUGCGACUGUUACCAGACGGGUGACGGCUACGCCAAAGACGCCCGGCUGAACGGGCCGUCCUCCAUGGUGGUCGCCCCCGACGACACCCUCUACGUAGCCGACCUCGGCAACAUCCGUAUCCGUGCGAUCAGUGGGCGGGGCCCGACGCUGGUGCCCAGCGGGGGCGUCUACGAGGUGGCGUCCCCAGACGCCCAGGAGCUGUACGUGUUUGACGUUAACGGGACUCACCAGCACACGGCCAGCCUGCUCACGGGCGACCUCACCUACACCUUCGGCUACAGCACCGAGGGCGACGUCACCGCCGUCACCGACAGCAACGGGAACACCCUGCGGGUCCGCCGAGACCCCAACCGCAUGCCCGUACGCAUCGUCGCCCCCGACAACCAGGUCAUCUGGAUCACCAUGGGAACCAACGGAGGGCUGAAGACUCUGACGACCCAGGGGCAGGAGCUGGUGCUCCUCACUUACCAUGGCAACAACGGCCUGCUGGCGACCAAGACAUCGGAAAUUGGCUGGACCACCUUCUAUGACUAUGACAGCGAGGGGCGUCUGAUGAACGUGACUUUCCCCUCCGGAGUGGUGAGCAACCUCUACACUGACAUCUUCAGCGCUCUGACGGUGGACAUCGAGAGCUCUCUAACCGACGAGGAGCUGAGCAUCACCACCAACGCUUCCUCCAUCCGGGCCUUCUACACACUGGCUCAGGACCAGUGUAGGAGCAGUUACCAGGUGGGUUACGAUAACUCUCUGAGGGUGACCUACGCCAACGGCAUGGACACCCACUACCAGACAGAGCCUCACAUCCUGUCGGGCGCCGCCAACCCCACCGUGGCCCGGAGGAACAUGAGCUUGCCAGGCGAUAGCGGGCAGAAUCUGGUGGAGUGGCGAUUCCGCAAGGAGCAGGCCCGGGGCAAAGUCAUCGUGUUCGGACGCAAGCUGAGAGUAAACGGCCGGAACAUUCUGUCGGUUGAUUACGACCGCACUCUGAGAACGGAGAAGAUCUACGACGACCACAGGAAGUUCCUGCUGAAGAUCAUGUACGACGGCGCGGGGCACCCUGUGCUGUGGCAGCCCAGCAGCAAGCUGCUCCCGGUCAACGUGAGCCGAAGCAGCAGCGGACAGAUCAGCGCCCUGCAGAGAGGCCCCACCACAGAAAGGGUCGAGUACGACGCACAAGGACGCCUGGUGUCGCGAGUGUUUGCGGACGGCAAGACCUGGAGCUACACUUACCUGGAAAAGUCCAUGGUUCUGCUGCUGCACAGCCAGCGCCAGUACAUCUUCGACUUUGACUCCCUGGACCGCCUGUCAGCAGUCACCAUGCCCAGCGUGGCGCGCUACACCAUGCAGACCAUCCGCUCGGUGGGCUACUACCGCAACGUCUACCACCCGCCCGAGAGCAACGCCUCGGUCGCCGUGGACUACAGCGAGGACGGACUCCUCCUGCGCGUGGCCCACCUCGGCACCGGCCGGCGCGUUCUGUACAAGUACCGCCGUCAGAACAAGCUGUGGGAGGUUCUGUACGACAGCACACGGGUCAGCUUCACGUACGACGAGACGGCAGGCGUCCUGAAGACUGUGAACCUGCAGAGCGAAGGCUUCAUCUGCUCCAUCCGCUACCGGCAGGUGGGGCCGCUGGUGGACAGACAGAUCUUCCGCUUCAGUGAGGACGGGAUGGUGAACGCCCGCUUCGACUACACGUACGACGGCAGCCUGAGGGUCACCAGCGUUCAGGGCGUUAUCAACGAGACCCCUCUGCCCAUCGACCUCUAUCAGUUCGACGAUAUCUCCGGGAAGGUCGAACAGUUCGGGAAGUUCGGCGUCAUCUAUUACGACAUCAACCAGAUCAUCUCGACAGCGGUCAUGACCUACACCAAGCACUUUGACGCCCACGGACGCAUCAAGGAGAUCCAGUACGAGAUCUUCCGCUCGCUCAUGUACUGGAUCACGUUCCAGUACGACGACGUGGGCCGGGUCACCAAGCGAGAGAUCAAGAUCGGCCCGUUCGCCAACACCACCAAGUACGGCUACGAGUACGACGUGGACGGCCAGCUGCAGACCGUGUUCCUGAAUGACAAGGUCACGUGGCGCUACACCUACGACCUGAAUGGCAACCUCCAUCUGCUGAACCCCGGGAACAGCGCACGCCUUCUGCCUCUGCGCUACGACCUGCGGGACCGGCUCACCCGUCUGGGAGACGUCCAGUACCGGAUGGACGAAGACGGAUUCCUCCGCCAGCGAGGGUCUGAGAUCUUCGAGUAUAACUCCAAGGGCCUCCUGGUUCGCGUCUACAGCAAAGGCAACGGCUGGACCAUCCAGUACCGCUACGACGGGCUGGGCCGGAGAGUGUCCACCAAAACCAGCCUGGGACAGCACCUGCAGUACUUCUAUGCCGACCUGAGCUACCCGAGCCGGAUCACGCAUGUCUACAACCACUCUUCGUCGGAGAUCACCUCGCUCUACUACGACCUGCAGGGUCACCAGUUCGCCAUGGAGAUCAGCAGUGGGGAGGAGUUCUAUAUCGCCUGCGACAACACCGGCACUCCUCUGGCCGUGUUCACCAGUAACGGGCUCCUGGUCAAACAGGUCCAAUACACCGCAUACGGGGAAGUGUACUUUGACUCCAACCCAGACUUCCAGCUGGUUCUGGGCUUCCACGGAGGCCUCUAUGAUCCUCUGACCAAGCUGUUGCAUUUCGGGGAGCGAGACUAUGACAUCAUGCCCGGCAGGUGGACCGUCCCUGACAUCACCACCUGGAAACGAGUGGGCAAGGAACCCGGACCUUUCAACCUGUACAUGUUCAGAAAUAACAACCCUAUCAGCAAGGUGCAUGAGCUCAGAGAGUAUGUUUCAGAUGUAAAUAGCUGGCUGGUGACUUUUGGAUUCCAUCUGCACAACACCAUCCCUGGAUUUCCUGUACCGAAAUUUGAUCUAACCCUCCCCUCCUACGAACUGACUAAAAGUCAACUUUGGGAUGAUCUGCCGUCCAUCUCUGGGGUCCAACAGGAAGUCACCCGACAGGCAAAAGCCCUUCUCUCGUUCGAGCGACUACCAGAAGUCCAUAUCAGCCCAGGUCGCCGAGGGGAGAAAUCUUGGCUGUGGUUCUCCACGGCCCGGUCGCCCAUCGGCAGAGCGGUCAUGUUCGCUAUCUACAAGGGAAGCGCCCACACCCACACGCUCAACGUGGCCAACGAGGACUGCAUCAAGGUGGCCACCAUCCUCAACAACGCCUUCUACCUGGAGGAGCUUCACUUCACGGUGGAGGGCCGCGACACGCAUUACUUCGUCAAACCGGGUCUGCCUGACGGCGACCUGGCUGCGUUGCACCUCACCAGCGGCCACAAGACCCUGGAGAACGGCGUCAACGUCAGCGUGUCUCAGUCCACCGCCGUCGUCGACGGCCGGACCCGCCGCUUUGCGGACGUGGAGGUGCGCCGCGGGCCGCUGGCUCUCCACGUGCGCUACGGCUCCACGGUGGACGAGGAGAAGGGCCGCGUGGUGGAGCUGGCUCGCCAGAGGGCGCUGGUGAGGGCCUGGGCCAGGGAACAGCAGCGCGUACGGGACGGGGAGGAAGGCAUCCGUCCGUGGACGGAGGGGGAGAAGAGACAGCUUCUGAGCAGCGGGAAGGUGCUGGGCUACGACGGCUACUACGUGCUCUCUAUCGAGCAGUACCCUGAGCUGGCCGACAGCGCCAACAACAUUCACUUCCUUCGUCAGAGUGAAAUUGGGAAGAGGUAACGAACUCUGGAGCAUGCGCUGCCCGCAGACACCGAUGCGGCGACUCGGAAGGAGGAUCAGUGGUUGAACGAGAGCGGUUGUGCCGCGGGCGAAGGCGUCUAUGUGACUGUGUCCAGUGAGGUGUGUGUGUGUGUAUUUUGUAUAUGGAACGGGAAAGCAAUGCUGUGCAUUGUUUAGCAAAGACUACAGAGUUCCUGUAUGACUACUACAAGGCUUAAUAUGGCAGUGACAUGACAGUUCACUCUGUAGCCCAAGGGGACACGAAUGGACUCCUGAUAAAGGAGACUGAAGACAUAGGUGGAUUUUCCGGGAAAAGUUAAGUAUUUAGGUGUUCGUUCUUUUUACGAAAAAAAAAUACAGUCUUUUAAGUUGUACACUUAAAAGAACAUAUUUAAGGAAGAAAUGAAAUGUUUACAUUAUGCAUAUAUCUGCACUUCUCUGGAAAUAUAAUAAUGUAGGUCUGUGAGAGGUACCACAUAUUUGUCUUAAUUCAGUAAGCUUGAUUUUGAGGGUUGGUGUCACUAAGGACAUUGAGUCUUGAUGCUAUGAAUUUAAGAAACACUGCAUAGGCUACAACAAAUUUUCCUUUGAAUUAAAAAAAAACAAAACAUAACUCACUUAAUUUGUAUGCCCAAUGUAUCUCUUUUGUUAAUGAGAAAUUGUCUGGAUCCUUGUAAUCAAGGACAUUUUAAAUGAUCUCAUCACCCAGAGACAGAAGUUCAGAUACAACACAGUAUGUUUCAUGCAGAGCACAGGGACACCAUGUUUUGUAAGUUAUUCAAGUGCGAGUGUGUGUUAUUUUGCUUUUGUUCGUUUUAUUUUUAUUUUUUUAUAAAAAUAUAUAUAUAAGAAUACUGAAGAACCAUCCAUUAUUAGUCAGGAAAGCAGUAAUUUUGUUUGUGUUUUUACGUUACAAAUAAAACAUACAAGACUGAUUAGUUUACCUUUCAUUUGUGAUCACCUAAAUCUGCAUUGUAGAUAUACGUAGUGGGAAGUAAAACUAGAGUUUUUGCCUGAAAUGUGUUGAGACCCUCAUAAGAUGAGGAAGAAGGUAUGAGAUAUAAUCUCCAAGAACCCAGCACAUACAAACUAAGUACCGUGGACAGUUCUGUAAGAUUUUUAUGUCAGAAAACAUUCUGAAGAACUGUUUCCUUUAAACUCUAAAUAUGCUUAUCACAUGCGCUUGGCUUCCUGUCUGAUGAAUGAUUGAUUAACACAAAUAUUUCAUAACCCCCAUAUCACACAAACGUGUUUGAUGUCCUUAUAUAGAACCCAUAUGUAUAUUGUUAGUGGUUAUUACC